AAAAAACAUUAGCAAGCAAAAGAAAGGAACUUCACAAUGCGUUUGCCACUUCAAAGUCAGCCGCCAAUAGAGAUGCGACAGCGUAACAAUACGAUGUCUUCGGAUAAUGGGGAGGUAUAUAAAGUCGACCGCGCCAUCUAUCGACAAGAAGUGUUUGAUGAAACCCAUGGGUUCACAGGGACUCUCCCCACGCCUAUGAAAACACGCCUAAAGAAAGCGCUUAUAUCAAGAUGCAGCUGCACAGCAAAGAAGUUUAUCAUGCAUCACCUGCCUUUCAUCCAUAUUUUGAGGUAUUACAAGAUUCCAAGAUGGAUCCCCGGAGAUCUCAUUGGAGGUUUAACAAUCGGAAUUAUGAACCUUCCACAGAGUAUUGCCUAUGCCUUAUUGGCCAGUUUGCCACCAAUCAUGGGGCUGUACACAACCUUUUUCCCGGCGGUUUGUUAUUUUUUCCUCGGGACAUCGCGGCAUAUCUCUGUCGGAUCUGAGAGUGUCAUUGCCUUGAUGGUCGGUUCUGUCGUUGAAAGAGAGAUUAUCAACUUCAAACACAGUGCCAUGGCAGAAAUGGGAAACAGCACGUCAAAUGCCACGGAACUCUUCUCAGAUGACCACGAUGGCUUUAGCGAUGAUGACCCAGAACUUAUCAAGUAUAAGGUUGGCAUCGCACUGACCUUGACCUUUCUCACGGGUCUGUGGCAGUUAGUCAUGGGCGUGUGCGGCCUUGGUUUCCUGGCUCACUACCUAUCAGAUACCCUUAUCAGUGCUUUCACAACCGGAGCAGCCAUGUUGACUUUCACUUCGCAGAUCAAAUACGUGUUCGGGAUAAAGGUACCCACUCAGCAUGCACCCUUCAAGGUUAUGAAGACAUAUUACCAUCUGGCUUUGAAUCUUUUUGACACCAAUGUUGCCGAACUCCUCGUGUCAAUGAUAACCAUAGCCUCGUUGUUAAUAGUGAAGGAGUGCAUCAAUUCCCGUUGCCAAAGAACCAAACUGAAAAUGCCAGUGCCAAUAGAGCUGCUUGUGGUUGUUGUUGGCACAUUGGUGUCUUUCACGAGCAAUCUCCCUGACAAUUAUGGCGUAGCUAUCGUUGGAGAUAUACCUACAGGAAUCCCCGCUCCCACGUUGGAACCGCUGAAUAAUCUCCGUUACCUGUGGCUGAUUAUUGAUGCCUUCUGGAUAGCUCUGAUCUCUUUCACCAUCUCAGUAUCUCUGGGGAAGCUGUUGGGGAAGUUGCAUGAUUAUGAAAUUAAUCCUGAUCAAGAGCUUUUGGCAUUCGGCGUGUGUAACUCGGUGGGCUCACUUUUCAGUACUUUCUGUUGUGGAGGUGCUAUGUCUAGGAGUAUGGUUCAACAUUCCAUGGGUGUUAACACUCAGCUGUCGGGUCUCCUGAACAGUAUCUUGACUUUAGUUGUGAUGUUGUUCGUGGGGCCUCUCUUCCGAACUCUACCUCGUUGUAUAUUAGCCUGCAUUGUGUUGGUUGCUUUGAAAGGGAUGUUUAUGCAGUACAAAGAUCUCCCAAAACUAUGGAAUAUAUCAAAAUAUGAUUUUGCUAUGUGGAUAGUAAUGUACCUAGCUGUGCUGCUUCUUGGCGUUGAUAUCGGUCUUGUUACUGGAGUAGGCUUCUCGCUUUUCACAAUCAUAUUGAGGUCUGCAAGACCAUACUGUUGUUUAUAUGGUCAAGCAGAUGAUUCUGACAUAUACAGAGACAAUACAAAAUAUGAAUAUGUGAAAGAGCUUGAUGGAAUCAAAAUAUUUCAUUUUGAGGCCUCGUUGUAUUACGCCAAUGCAGAUCACUUUCGUCGAUCCCUGUUCAAGUUGACCAAUGCAAACCCGCUGGCACUGAAGAAAGAUAGGAGGAAAUUUGGUAAAAGAAAGCGCAGAUUCGAGGAACGCGUGCAGAAGCAGCUGAGGAAGAAAGAAAAAGACAGUGGGAAACAGGACGAUAAGAAGCCGAGUGGUUCAGAGAGUCAAACCAACUUGUCUCAGACAAGUCUUGAACUCCAAUCGCCGCAACCUUCCCACGUCGUUCCCACACAGGAAAUCCCAACUAUCACGGCUGGUCGUCCAACUGUUAGGCCCUUCAGAAGAUUGGACACUACCUACGGGAUCAACAUCGCCCCCAUUUCCAACACGGCCCCUGCACCACCUGCCAACACCAGUGAAUAUCAAGAAGCACAACCAAGUGGACCCAUGAGCUUUUUGAAGAAGGCACUACACUUUAGGAAGGACAGAGUGAGACUAGAUUCCGAGUUUAGUGUGAAAGUCAAUCCUGUUAGAGCCCAAGAUUAUCAUGAGGGCACCCCCCAAACAUCAAUGGAUCCCCGGCCGGUUGUAAGCGGCAGAUAUCUACAAGCUAUCGAGGAAGACCCAGAGACUGGAGGUUAUGAGGAAUACCACAUGUCGGACGAUAUCCCUGUGUUUGAAGAGGAGCCACCGAAUUUUGAUAUUAGCCAUAUAGUUCUUGACUGCUCAGCCAUGAUGUACACCGACGCCGUUGGUGUCAAGGUCCUUAAUCAGGUUAUAAAUGAUUACAAAAACGUUGAUGUGAUGGUGCUUUUAGCAGAUUGCAGAGCCAAUUUCAGAGAGAUGCUGAAAAGGAUAGGCUUCUUUGAGAGUAAUCCAACAGACAUCAUUUUCCUCACCAUCCAUGAUGCCGUGAUGCAUGCCAUAUACGAACAAAAUGAAUUGUCCACAGAAGAUGACGACAUCAACAGUACUAGCGGGGACAGCGGCCAUUCCGAGGAUACGAACAGCCAUUCCGAGUUAUCGUCCUCUCACAACCAGGACGUUGAGAAGGCUUCUAAGAAAUCUUCGGAACACUCUAAAUCCAGCAGUAAGAAGAAAACGGAAAGUGAAGGAAGUGCCAAAAGUAAUAAGGAGAAUGAUAAAACAAACACCCAAGGUCAUGUUAAUGAGGGUUAUGAUAGCCAUGACAGCGAGGACGACCGCACGGUAGAGAUAGCUCAGGAUAAAUUUUUCCUCCCAGCUUAAGGACAGACAAAAUAUUUUUUAAAAAACUGUAUUCCAAUCUCGAGGAGAAGGCAUCUUGAUAUCAUGGCAACAUGAAUUGCCGCUUCUUGUUGGGACAUUGCUACAGCCUCAAAAAAUAUUUUAAUAAUUGUAACCGAGUUUCAAAGCGGCUAAAAGGCAUAUAGGGCUAUGUUUUAUACAAUGGAUUCGGUUUUUGGGAUUGACCACCUUCAUAUGAGUUAUGUGUAAUUUGUGUGCAAUAAUUUUACCGAGUAAGGGGCAUUUAAAAAAAUGCAUCGACAUUAAAAAACACACUUGUAGGUCCCUGGCGUCUAGAAUUCGUCCAAGACGAAAGUUCAGUAAAUUUAAAACGUGCUUAGAUAGCUAAGACAUUUAUAUUUAAUGACGUUUUUGGAUGUAGGGUUCUAGUACCGAACACAUCGAAAGCCGUACCAUGGUAUAAUCCUUGCCAAUGAUUGGUGCUCUAUACAUUGGAAUAUAGCAUAUGAUACCUGUGAUAUAUCUUGCAAUAACUUAAUAAGAUAUGUUGGCAGUAAGUGUAGUAUUAUAUUAUUUUUAUAAUCUUAAAUAUAUUCAUAUUUAAACUAAUUCGGUAUAUUCGGUAACGUUUAUGUCCUGUCAGUGUGAAAAGGGGUGCAGUAUUAUAUUAGUAACACAAGGGGAACAGUCGGUGGUGAUAUUGAUUUCAACAGAAUGAUGCCAAUGUUGUGUGUAUAAUACAUACACAAUUAUAUAGAAUUGCAAGACGGAAGAAAAACUGUAGCUUCGAAACAAAGAGCAAUUGCCUUUUUUCUAUAAACUCUGGAAAAUUUUCCAAGAUGUAGGUUUGACACGACGCAGUUUUAGUUGAUAUUAUUCUACGUUGGUAUAUUUUCAUUGUAAACAUUCCAUGCUUGCUAACUCCUUGUAAAGUCUCAUGGCGCGUAUUAUUAAUUAUGCACAAUAAGAUAUGGUAUGUCACAGUUGGUGCAACAGACCCUUCGCAAAGUAGACGCUGUUUCUGUAAACAUUUCAUGAUGCAAACACUCUUUCUCUGGAGCACAUUUGUUAUUUAUUCUGCACUUUAUGCAUAUUUUACUUUAAAAAUGCAUAUUCACAGGAAAAUAUGUACACAGAUUGGUAUUUCUUAGAAAAUGAUGAUACUUUAUUUAAACCUCAAUUGAUGUUAAGGGCGUGCGUCCCUGUGUUUUUUUU